AUGAUGGGGAAGAUUCCAGCAGCAGCAGGGGCUUCCAAUCUACGAAAAAGGAAAACAGUAGCAGAUAAACAGAGAAAAAGGGCAGUGUACAGUUGCGACAGAUGUAAAGCAAGGAAGAUUCGAUGCCAGAGACUGGAAUUCAAUCAAUUGAAGUUUGACGAUAAGACACCUUGUUUGCAAUGCAAAUCCGCCGGUGUGAAUUGUACGACACAGGCUCCUCGAAAGAAAAGAACAUAUUACUCGAUAAGUGAGUCCUCAAGGUAUCAGCUCAAAUGUUUGAAGUUGAUUAUGAAAAGGUUAUAUCCUGGGCGAGACCCAGAUAAUUUACAUACUUUAAGCGAGAUUGCAGAAUCGUUGGAUAUAUCACUCCCUGAAUGGAAUAAAGACAUAGAAAGCAAAGAUAAACUCUCUAGUGAUAGUGAAGGGUUUGAGAGUGAUGAGGAUUGGCAGCCUUCGCAAAGCAUAAAUGAUCAGGACAAUGUGAAAAUGAAUGAGAAUUCGAAUGAAAAUGCAAAUAAUACGGCCCAAGAUUAUGGCCUCGAAGGUACCCAGGGGCUCUUAAGGGCUUUACUCGGAUUGACAGCGGAUACUCAAGAAGAAAGUUCAAGAGAGUUCUCGGACACUUUAUCGAAAGAAGAGCGAGAUUUGAAUAACCUAAAUGCUCUUGACUCGAAUGAGUCUAUAUCAACUAGCAUUGAAUUACUUAACUUGCGAAGGUUCCCUAUGGUGGAAUUGAUAUCUGAAGCUGAUGCCAUUUACUAUACUGAUGUAUUUUUUAAUGAAAUUCACCCGGGAUAUUUUGUUUUGAAUGAGUCGAAAUUUAGACACCAACAAAGUGUAUUCUUUAAGGAAUUGAAGGCAGAGGAAACGCCUUUAACCGCACAUUUGGUAAAUUCCUCAAAUUUAAGUAAUGAAGAGAUAUGCUGCCUCUACAUGGUGUGGAUUUUGGGCCAAAAAUGCUGCUAUUCGGCUGAUGACAACAAUUUCUCUAAUAAUCUUCUGAAUAUUUGUCUUGGUAUAGUUAAACUAUUAUUAGGAGAUAUUGCAGUGUCACCAUCAUUGAAUGGAAUCAGACUGCUUUACGUAACGGCACUCUAUUACGAAUCAAAGCAGAUGAGAGAAAAUUCUUGGCUGUUGUUUGCAUUAGCGUCCCAGCAAUGCGUGAGUCUAGGAUAUCACCGCAAAUCGGCAGUUGCUAAAUAUCCCCAAGAUAUACAAGAUGAGAUCAAGAUUGUCUGGUGGUCUAUAUUUCGCAUACAGAUGAGCAUGAAUUCCUCUCUCGGAAAAGUAUCCAUAAUUUCGAUUGAAGCUGUUGAUGUGGAUCUACCUAAACUAUCAAUGGUCAGUGAUGACUUAUUUAGAGAUUAUUUUUCUACUUCCGUUGGCUUAUUCAAAAUAAUGUAUAAGAUCUUAAGGCUUCGCAAAAACUUAUUUAUAAGCAAAAGACCAUUGGCGAAUGAAAACAUAGAGAAAAUGGUAGAAAUAAAGACACUACUUAAUAAGUGGUAUGAUGGUUUGAGUACAGAGUUAAAAGAUUAUGAGAGCACAAAGCCCAUCAAGAGAUAUCAAAUAAAAUUACACUUGCAAUUUCAUUACCUUUAUAUUUCUUUGACUUUACCGUACCUCUUGCAUUUAUCUCGAAAUAUCAAAGCUAUUGACUUCAACAAAUUCGAACCGCUUUUAAAUACCAUUUGUUAUGGAAUAAGAUCAGCUGAAAUAGUAUGCGGUGUAAUAAAUUAUUCCGAUAAAAGUGGACAUUUCAAUGGAUUAUUGCACUAUGAUAUGUUCUAUGGAUAUAACGCACUAAUGGUUUUAAUAUCUUGCUUCACUUUGGCAAGUGGAAAAUCUGGAAAAUAUAGUUUUCUGGAAAACUGUACCAUAUUUAGAGAUUUGUUACAAUUACAAUUUGGUAUCACGCCUCAAUCGAAUCUAAGUGCUAUGAGAUUGAUUUGGCAGGUGAAUGAGAAGAAUUCAGGCAUUCUUAAGGGCUUGAUGAAAGAAGCCAGUAACAAUAUUAGACUUUUGGUUUUGCGUUUUGGAUUGCAAAAUAUCAUAGAGAACGAUUCUUCCGAAUGGGAUGAAGAGGAAGAUUACAUCCCUCUUUCUCCUAGUAACGCAAUCAUAUAUAACUUUGACCUGAAAUCAAGUUCAAUUAAUAAGGAGGGUGAAUAUGAAACCACAAAUCAUUCAAAUGCUUUUCAGAGUAGUUUCAGCGAUUUUGAGCCUUUCAACAUUGCAUUUGACAGUAAUUAUUUCUUCAAUUCAAACUACUCCGCAUUCUUCACUGAUCUUGGCUAUAGGGAAGAUGACGAGAAUAUGAACUAG